AUGGCGGUGAGCCGUGUUCUGCAUGAGCUCCCAAACAAUUUUGAGCAUAAAAGCUUAUCAACACCUUCUGAACCACAAUUUGGGCCAACACUGGCACCCACCUUAACCCUCACAAUAACAGACCUGCAGUGUGGCGAUCUGCGACUCAACAGGAGCUUGCCCCUGACUGGAACAUGCGGCCUGGUGCCCCAUAUACCCCCCCCAGUCUGUCCGUGGGAGACUAUCCCGACAUUGCUGAAGUGCGAGGGGAAGCUACACGGGCAGAGGUACCAUGUGCUGGCAAGUCUAAGAUGGCAGACACUGCAUGCAUAG